AUGAGUGAAGAGUUAACUGUUCUAAACUUUGAAGAUGCUCAGUCGUUCAGAAAAGCUGCUUGGCAAUAUGCAAAAGAAAACAAUGAAGCAUUUGUCGAUUAUGCCAUGAAGAACUUUCGUGACUUAUUUGAAAGAAAAAUUGGUGAAAUCGUUGUUGAUUGGUUCAUUCAGAGACAUAUGAUUGACUCAAACUAA